CAUUUGUUGCCAGGAUACAUUGUUGCUUUCUAUCACUGAAAAGAGUAGCCAAGAUGCCACCCAAAAAGAAGAAGGAAGGAGGGAAAAAGAAGUCCGCAAAAGGGAAAAGAAGCCCAGCUGUGGUGGAUGGUAUUUCCACAGAAGAAAUGAGCAAGGAAGAGCUGGAGGAACAUAUUGUUCGUCUGCGGGAAGAACUAGAUCGGGAACGAGAGGAACGUAAUUACUUUCAGCUAGAACGUGAUAAGAUUCACACCUUCUGGGAGAUCACAAGGCGUCAGCUGGAAGAGAAAAAAUGUGAACUACGUAACAAAGACCGUGAGAUGGAAGAGGCUGAGGAGAGGCAUCAAGUGGAGAUAAAGGUGUACAAGCAGAAAGUAAAGCAUUUGCUGUAUGAACAUCAAAAUAACAUUUCUGAGCUAAAGGCAGAGGGCAGUGUAUCCAUGAAGCUGGCUCAGACAGAUCACCAUACUCAGGAGAGUUUGCUACGUAAGGAUAUGCGUGGGCUAAAGGUGGAAAUCAAAGAGCAAGAGUUGGCCAAUGAAAUGGUGGUCAAGAACCUUAAAAUGAAACAAGAUGAAGAGAUCACUCGUUUAAGAAAUGACUUUGAAAGACAAGUACGAGAAAUUGAAGCUAAGUAUGAGAAGAAGAUGCGCAUAUUGCGAGAUGAGCUGGAGCUACGCAGGAAGACAGAAAUCCAUGAGAUUGAGGAAAGAAAAAAUGGACAGAUCAACACACUCAUGCGUAACCAUGAAAAAGCAUUCAGUGACAUCAAGAACUACUACAAUGACAUCACGCUCAAUAACUUAGCACUUAUCAAUUCACUUAAGGAACAGAUGGAAGAGAUGAAAAAGAAAGAAGAUAGGAUGGAAAAGGAGAUGGCUGACUUACAGCUUCAAAACCGUCGUCUGACUGAACCUCUGCAGAAGGCCCGUGAAGAGGUUACUGAGCUCAACAGGCAGCUGGCCAACUAUGAGAAGGACAAGACAGCACUGGCAAAUACAAAGGCUCGACUGAAAGUAACAGAGAAGGAGCUAAAUGACCUGAAAUGGGAGCAUGAGGUGCUAGAACAGAGGUUCCUAAAGGUGCAGACAGAGCGGGAUGAGCUUUAUAAGAAAUUCACAGCUGCCAUUCAUGAGGUUCAGCAGAAAAGUGGCUUUAAGAACCUCUUACUGGAACGCAAACUGCAGGCUCUAGGCGAUGCUCUAGAGAAGAAGGAGGCACAACUUAAUGAAGUGCUUGCUGCCUCCAACCUAGAUCCCACCGCACUUGCAGUUGUCACCCGCAAGCUGGAGGAUGUUUUGGAUUCAAAAAAUGGUGCCAUUAAGGACUUGCAGUAUGAGCUGGCAAGAGUUUGCAAGGCACACAAUGAUCUUCUCCGAACAUAUGAGGCGAAAAUGAGAGCCUUUGGGCUUCCAGCUGAUGAGAUGGGCUUUAGACCAUUAGAAAGCCUUGUGCCUGGGCAGAAUUUUGGGCAAGGCCCUGCAGGACUGGUGUCUGCUCCUACGUAAUGCAGGGGUUCUAUCUCCAUUGUGAAACUGUCCCUUGUUUCCUUCUGUCUAUAUCUUACAAUACAAAGAAUAUCUGUUUCUUGUGGUCUUGUGAAGUCUCUAACGUGGAUUGGGAAAAUCAAGAAGUAAUUUGUGGCAGCAAGUGCAGUGCAACCAAUCAAAUAUUUGCUUUCAUUGUUCUUCCAAUAUCUGUUUUGUUGCUGUGUGUUGUUGUCCAGGAGCAAAUUAUCCUACGGUGAAUAAGUUAGUACAGUGUAGCAACCUGUAAAGAUUUUUUACAGUCCUGCACUAGUUAAAAUGAGGGACUGUAUUUAAUUGCCACCUGUUAUCCACAGAGCUGCAGCAUCUCAACAGCACUGUGCCACUGGUGUCUGCACUUAACUGCUGUUCUGUAACUGAAUAUACAACUUUGUUGCACAUCACCUUCACUACACAGUGUUCACAAAGAGCACAGAAAAUAAUGACUUCAGUUGCUUGCUGGGUUUUGUUUUACCAUCUUUAUUUGUGUUUUAAAAAUGAUUUUGUUUUAUUCAUCUCUCUUAUUUCCUGUAGUAGAUCAGUAAUUUGGUCCACUACACUAAACUGUUACAGUGUGAUACAUUAGUGGAUGGGGAGCAGACUCAUCAGGGGUUGGAGCUGCUUCUGCUGCUGUUAAGUUGGUGACCAAGCUUACAGUGUUGCUACUGGGAAACAGGAGAUGGAGGGAACACAUUGGUUUUUUUUUAUAAAAUGUAAAUAUUAGAAAAAUAGUUAAAAAUUAGAAAUUAACAAAACAAGCCAUUAUUUAAGGUCUCUUUAUGAAUAAUAAUUUCUGCCACCCUGAACUACCCCUUUUUUGAUUAUCAGGAAACAAACCAAUUAAAGAAAAACUAUACCCCAGAACAAUGCAUAUAUAUACAGUAUAUAUAUAUUCCAGUUUGCCACUUAAUAUUAUAUAAUUGUGAAGGUAUAAUUUCCAUUAAAAAAAGAACUAACAUUCAACAGUAAGUUAGACUAGAUAUGGAGUGUCUUAAGCAGAUGGUUAAUGCAAAAGAAGAUUCCAUUCCAUCAAAUUGUCCCCAGCAGAGAUAUCAACUUCCAACUUAAGCUGACAUGGGGAAACUGCAGAGCCCAAAGAGCACCACCAAAAUUUGUGGGCAUGGCCGACUGCAUAGACCCAGAUAUGGGACAGAACUCCAGACUGGGAAAUUUAAAAACGGGGAUCACAAUACAUUGGCCUUUCUCUUCUUAGAUGGGCUUCUCCCUUCUCCCUCCAGUUUUUCGUGCUGCUUAAAGUCUGAAUAAAAAAAGUACUCCAUCUCCAAUCUGCCGAGUUCAUAUAGAAGUCAGUGGCAGAUCCCCCGGUUACAAUUAGAUGAUAUCAUGAUCUGCGUAAUCUGAGGAAUCUGAAAAAUACGAAAAAAUCUGUGUUUUGUGGCAUCAAAUCUGAAAAAAAUCAUACGAUUCCGAUUUUUUCACGAUUUUAUUGUCUUUUCCCGCACCAGAUUUUUUUGGAGUAAAUUAAGUGAUAAAUAUGAUUUUAAAAAAAUGGGAGUUUGGUCAAAGUGGUUUUAAGAAAAUGAGAAUUUUUCAGAUUUUAGUAAAUAACCCUCAGCAUUAUCCAAGUACAAAGUGUGAGGAAAAGUAGCAUAUAAAAUCUUCAAUCACAUAUUCAGAAUAGAAUAGAUUACAGGAGACCCAGACAGAGUUGGAUGCACAAAGCAGUAGAAAACUUGUAUUUUAUUUGAAGAAAUAUAGCUCAAAAAUAUUUGGAGUUAUUUUGGCUUAAUGUGGGUUAAUACUGAAAUAUGUGCAAGGCAUCAUGGGAGACGUAGCUGCUUAACUGCCCCUGUAGGUGGUGUACGAAAAUGGACUGAGCAGCAGAGGCACGUGGUAUUUCUGCUUCAGGUCUGUGAUUGUAAAUACGAUCUGUAUGGAGACAGAAUACAAAUGACAAUACAACUUCAGUCUGAAGAUGAGUUCACCUUGAUUUCAUUCAUCAUUUUAACCGCUAUUGCCUUAAGGCCCCUUUCUCUAAAUCGAACCCUGGUAUAUUUCAAUUGUUACAAUUUGGGAUCCCCUUUUUCUAGAAUUUCUAUUUGCCAUUGUAUCUUUAAUCUCUUUUCAUUACAUAUUCUAUUAAAAUACACAAAUACAAUGUGUUAUAUUUAUACAUUUGGGACAUUUUUUACUUAGUUUGGUGACAUUGGUCUAGGCACCGCCUUUGACUGGAUGAAACACUCAGCUGCCAUCAGGAAUUACAGAGGCCCUGUCUCCAUGGUCACUUGGGCCCCUGGUUGGCAGUUCCCUGUUACAAGUAUAAUAGGGCCCCAAUGAUGAAUUAAAGGCCUGUGCAUGCACAACCAUACCCCUGAUCCACCCAGCUCAUAUCCAUAUAUAUAUUAUGUCAAAAGCCCAUCUACAAUCCACCUAAACUCUGCCUGCUCCCCACAAGCCCCAUCCACUGCAUGGCCUGCAAUCACACUUUACCAACAUUUGGGGUCCCCCAGACCCUGUGUUCUCCCUUAAUGGUGACCCUGGAAACACUACAAAAUUAUUUGUGCACUGAUGCAUUUUCUGAUGCAGCCCUGAAAGUGACUUCAUCUGUGCCUGAUAUUAAUAUGAAGAUGAGUUUGGUAUGUAGAGCGUGACAGCAAAAUAGGGUAUAUCAGAUUAGUUCUUAGAAUAGCAAUAUGGGAGAAAUACAAUAUAAAAUUCUGUAGCAGCCAGGGCCUUGUGCAUAAUUCUAAAUAUAAUUUAAGAGCAGUCACCCAAGUUAUAAUCCACCCGUAACCGUUCCGCAUAAAUACUAAGGAAUACUGGGUGUUGGGUUCAAAGGAGGUAAUACUAUAAACGCAAACUACAACUCCCAGCAUCCUCCAUUAGAUUGAACCACAAUUUAAAUGUAUAAAAGGCAAUCUUAGGCUUGUGCAUAAUUCUCAGCUCAUAAGGUAUGCAUAAAACAGGGUUAUUUGUUUGCCUUCAUGGUGGACAACGUUCCAACAUGCUCCAGUACUGUGUGGCUGUAUUUAUAAUGCUCAAUAAAAAGUUGGACUCUGUGUAAUCUUGGAUAUGUCAGACAAAAUAGCAUUGAUCUAUUUUUCAGCAUUGUGCCGGACUAUCCUGCAGUCAUACAAAAUGUGCAGCUUCCAUCCAAAUUCUGAGGUUUGCUUCUGUGUACUUAAGGUCCAUUGACAUUUGGUGCCAAAUGAGUUUUUACCCACAGAAAACAGCUUGGAUAUCUCAACAUUAGCAGCUUGUAUAAUGAGAUAAUAGUUAUGGGUCCCUUAUCUGGAAAUCCAUUAUUAGGAAAGCUCUGAAUUACAAGAAGGUCAUUUCCAUAUUGAGCAAAUAAUUUGGGGUUUGUUUUUGAGACUCUGCCACACGUACCUCAACAUAAGGGUAAAAGGUCUCCUUGUGCAUUUGCUUCCAGUAGUCCCCAGUAUCAAAACGCAGUUGGUAAGUGCCUGCACAAAGGGCCUCCCCACGCAACAGGCCUGGGCAGCGACCAUCUUCAUUGGUGACACUGUGGGAGGAGCAUGUGAUUAGUAGGAGAAUAGAGAUAAGGCAUUUACUCAUUAAAAAGGGGCUUACCCCAUUGGGAUAUAUACGCACACUAGGAGAGGUAACCAAUGCCGGGGCACUGCUGCCCAGAAACCAAAUCAAGCACACCAGAACUGGAGAACUACUUCCCUGGUUCUCAUACCUACAACUUCAGCAGCAGUUCCAGAGGAAUAUAGUGCCCUUUACACUCACUAACAUUGAAACCACUCUCUGAAACCCCUCUUCUAAAAACUUGAUCACCUCUCUGUACUCGAUGCUUCUUUCCAGGUGCCACUCAGAGGUAUCGUAAAUGGAAAUAAGAACACAAUACAUUGUUGAACCAAUGUUGUAUUGUUUAAUGUUGUUUUUAUGUUAUAAGUGCAUAAAUAAAAACCUUUUAAAAAAAA